AUGGCUGUAAAUAUAGAUGUUAUUCCUACUGAAAGCCCUGGUUGGUCUCCCCAAACUCUAGCUUCGGCCACAAAGAACCAGUCCUCAAGGGACCAGCCUGUGCAAGUUUCGGUUCCAACGGUUCCUGCGAGCCAUAAUGAGAAACUGGAAAAAUUCAAUGGUGUGAAUUUUAAGACAUGGCAACAGAAAAUGCUAUUCUAUUUAAUAACAUUGAGUCUUGUGAGAUUCUUGAAAGAGGAUUCUCCCACUAUUGGAGAUGUGAAGAAAACAGCUAAAGAGUUGUGGGACUCCUUGGACCACAAGUACAAAGCUGAAAAUGUUGGAUCCAAGAAAUUCUUGGUUGGCCAAUUCUUGAACUUCAAGAUGCAUAAGCAAAAGGAAAUGAGUGUUGAAGAUCUCAUUCGCAAACUUCUCAUUGAAGAGAAUAACAAAGAUUGUAGACUGCCAAAAAAGAAAGGCAAUGAGGUCAAUGUUGUGGAAGCCAUGUCCCAAGAGGUUGUUGACCUAGACCUAUGUGUUGUGGUCUCUGAACUAAACCUGGUGGAUGCUAAUCCAAAGGAAUGGUGGCUCGAUACUGGAGCUACUCGACAUAUCUAUGUGAACAAGUCUAACUUCUCCAACCUUACUUCAGUGGAAAAUGGGGAGAAGAACUAUAUGGGCAACUCGACAAUCUCUGAGAUAAAGGGGCAAGGUAUUGUGUACUUGAAGAUGAUGUCUGGAAAGAGUGUCAAGCUGCAGAAUGUGUUGUAUGUGCCUGAUAUUCGCAUGAAUCUAAUCUCUGGAACGCUGCUGAGCAUACAUGGAUUCAAGAUGGUUUUUGAGUCCUAG